ACGUCGUCAUCGACAUUCCCACCAGUACCAACCACCAACGGGAGCGGCGGUGGCGGCUUCAGCUACCCCGCUGCUUUCUUCAUCUGCAACCCUCAGGAGCAUGAUGAUGAUGAGCUUACUCAUCCUCAAGCACUUCUCCAUUAUCAUCAUCAUAAUUAUCAUUCCCCAUUUCACCGUUUCAGCUCUGCCCUUUCCUCCUUCACCCGUAAAUAUUGGCACCACUCGAAAAGCUCUUUCCGCAACUUCUCCUCAUCGCUUAACCAUCUUCAUCAUCAUCACAAUCAUCAUCCCAUGGCUGCUGCAUGCGCAUUAGAUACUUCUACGAAGAAGGUUUUUACAACUUCGCAGCAAAGAAGAGAGCUUGAGGGAGAGAUUUCCACUCUUCAGAAAGUGUUGAGGCAUGAAGAAAAGGUACGUGAAAUUUUGGAGCAAGUACAUGGAGGAAACAAUGCUUCUGCCAUUUCUAUUCCCAGCGACCUUCCACCAAAGAUGAAGGAGCUCUUGGAAGAGUUAGCUAUGGUUGAAGAGGAGAUAGCUCAACUUGAGGGUCAAAUAAGCCACCUUCAAGAUGACUUGAAGCAAGAACAAGAAGUGAUCACCACGGAAUCAUCAAAAUCCAAACAAUGGAAACAUGAUUUUCUAAGCAGCCCCCGUGGAUCUUUUUCUGUUCCACCAAAUCCACCAUCCACACCAGUUAAAGGAGUGGUAGUUCAAGAAAGGAUGGAAUUUGAUCAGACCAAGGCACUACAUUUCAUAAGCAAAGCCAUCAGAGGAGAUUACCAUCUCAAUGACUUCAGCAUUAAUGAGAAAAUGAAGCAUUGGCGAGCAUUCCCUCACAAUGAGGAAAACCAUUUCCAGGAGGAGGCUGGAUUUUCUGAGAAAAUUCCAAGAAAAAGUGUGUUGUUGAAGCCUGCUGCCUCUCCUCUGCGAGAUCCAAGACAUCCAACACCAAGGAGAGCACGCAAUGUGGAGUUAAGUCUACCCUUGACAGAUCUUCGAACAAAUUCUCCUUCUCAUUUGAUUUCACCACAAGAGGAAAGCAAAAUUCAGAAAUGGCAGCCAAACAAGCUUUCGGAGAAAAUCUUGAAGUGUUUGAUGUUCAUUUUUGUGAGGCUAACUAGAACAUCUAGAGCAAUGGAGCUAGAGAAAUCAGGCCCCAUUACUAGAUCUUCUUUUUCUUCUUUGAGCUCAAUAAGCUUCAGGGCAGAUACCAGCACAAACUCCAAGAGUAGCCUUAUAUUGCACAAGGAAACGAGGCAGCAAGAUCCCUACGGUAUUUUUGAACCAGAGGAGUCUAUUCCCCGAGAUAUUGGUCCUUACAAGAACUUGUUCAUCUUCACAGCUAACUCUUUAGACCCAAAAUGCAUCUCAAAUUCUAACACUAUUCCUUUACUAGAGAAGUUAAGGACCUUAAUGAACUGUCUUGAGAAGGCGGACUUGAAAUUCUUGACUUCCCAACAAAAGCUUGCAUUCUGGAUCAACAUGUACAAUGCUUGCAUCAUGCAUGGAUCUCUCCACCAUGGAGUGCCUUCAAGCCCUGAAAAUUUGCUUGCACUAUUGAAAAAGGCAACUCUCAACAUAGGAGGAAACAUGAUAAAUGCUCACGCUAUAGAGCAUUUUAUUUUGAGGAAACCGACAUCUUCAAGCACGAAGGAGAAUGACGAGGACGAAAAAGAAACCAUCAUUCGCAAACUUUAUGGCCUGGAGUCGUUCGAUGCCAAUGUCACCUUUGCUCUAUGUUAUGGGACUCGAUCUUCCCCAGCUGUGAGAAUAUACAGAGCUGAAAGUGUUGCAGUUGAGUUGGAGAAAUCAAAGUUGGAGUACUUGCAAGCUUCCAUCAUUGUCACAAGCACAAAGAGGGUUGCAUUUCCAGAGCUGGUGAUUGGCAACAUGUUUGAUUUUGCGGAAGACCUACACUCAUUAGUCAAGUGGGUUUGCCAGCAGCUGCCUACCUCAGGGACAUUGAGGAAAUCUAUGGUGGAUUGCUUCAAGGGACAGCCCAGUGGCAAGUUAUCCAGCGUCAUUGAGAAAAUACCAUAUGACUUUGAGUUUCAAUACAUAUUGGCAAUUUAAAUUUGACAACAAAAAGAAAUUAUGAGAAAGGAUUGGACAAUUGGGUUACACAAAGGAGAAAAUUGUUUGUAUAAUUGUUGAUUUUGAGUUUCAGUAUAUGUCAGUAAUUUUUCUGUAUGUAAUUUUAGUGUGAAAAUUGUGUCAAUAUUGCUGAAGAAAUUAUUAUAUUUUCAUUAA